ACACUCAUUUUUCAGAACGUCGAGUUCCUCAAUAACCCCGCACGCUUCCUCGACCCAUAUCACUUUCGCGUCACCUUCGAGUGCAUCGCCGCUUUGAAAGAUGACCUCGAAUGGCGUCUCAUCUACGUCUCUUCACCGGGAAACGAAGAGCUCGACCAAGAACUCGACGACUGUCUCGUCGGUCCCGUCCCCAUCGGCGUCAACUCCUUCGAAUUCGAAGGCUCGGCACCUUCACCGUCCAAAAUCCCAACAGAAGACGUCCUCGGUGUAGCGGCGCUCAUCCUCACGGGAAGCUAUCGCGAUCAGGAGUUCGUCCGGGUGGGGUACUACCAGAACACGGAGUACGAUAAUGAGGAGAUGAAGGAGACACCGCCGGGUAAGGUGCAGUUUGAGAGGCUCGUGAGGGAUAUUAGUACGAAGCCGAGGGUGACGAGGUUUCAGAUUAAGUGGUGCGUGUUUUUCUGUUUGGUGGAGUGUUUUCUUUGUGAUCAGAGGGUGUGUUGUUUGGGUUGA